AUGAGUGAAAAUAAUACUUUUAGUUUUGCACGCUUUGAUUACUCCACCGUUCCAUCAAUUGCUUCAUCUAUCAAUCUCGUUUCAUCAUCGAUCAAUCCUAUUUCAUCGUCGAUUGCAACAUCACCUGUCGAAGUAUCCGAUGUUCAUGGUCUCAUCGUCAAUCUCAAGGUGAAAUUCAACUAUCCAGAACUACAUGCUUUUGUCGAUGAACUCAAACAACUGAAUGAUCUUAUGCAAAUAAAUGGGCAACGCAUUUCAAUUCUGCAUCUUUAUGCACUUGAAUCUACACGUGACCCAAUCGACAUGAGUAAUCAAACUGUACGAACAACAUAUCGACCAAAUCUUUUCAUUCGAAAGAAUGAUAUGUAUGGACCAUGGAACUUCAAAUAUCUUCUUGAUCUUCUAGAACUUGAAUAUGAAUGUGCGAUGAACGAUGGCCAAUUUCCGAAACUAUGGAAAUCAACUUCGACAACUACAGUACAAAUUAGAGUAACACCGUAUUAUGAUCGAUCUCAUAAUUCUACUGAUAAUCAAGAGCAAUCAACAACGAAUUCUCAAGACGAUGUUACUCUUUUUGACGAGAACAUCAGCACUAUUGACCAUUUACGUGGUGCUGUAACUAAUGAAACCAUUUGGGAAAAAAUCACUGUUCGAGUUUUAGUCAAACAAAUGAUUCGUGACUAUGUUCAAUUGAAUAUUGUUUCAAAAAAUUCAUCUCAAGUGACUGAUCCUUACAAAGAUUCGAAGGCCACUUUAUUAGGUGACAUUCAUCGAGUUCGUCGCUAUUUUUAUCACAUUACGGGACAAAUUCAAUGUGUUCCUUAUCUCGAUCGAAAUGCUGUCAACUUAGCCAUCGAAGAAAUUCGACAAACAUACGAUGAUGAUGGAAAUGUUCUCAUCAAUAUACAUAAUUAUUUACGAACAUUUUGCUUGCAAAAUACGGUAGCUACUGAAGAAGAACGAAAUAAACAACGACAAGCAACCGAACUCGACAAUGAUGAAAAGAAGAUUGAAGCAUUGAAAGAGUUGCUUGAACUCAAUCUAGCUAAUGAACAACGAAAAUUAAAUGUCAAAUUCGGUCGUGGUCUACUUCUCUAUGGUCCACCAGGGACAGGCAAAUCAGAACUGUUGAAACGAGCGGCCAUCUUUGCUGGUAUUACUAUGACUACAAAUCCUUUGGCAGCUGGUGAACUCAAUCGACCGUAUGUAGGUGAAACUGAAAAACUUCUAAUUGAUAUUAUGUAUCGAGCAGAUACUAUUCCAUAUUUAAUCUGUGCUAUGACAAUUGAUGAAAUCGAUGGUCUCGUACCUAAACGUGACAACAAUGCACAACAAUCAAAAGUCGAUGGCAUAAGUGUCCUCUUGUCUCAUAUUGAAGGUGUAAAGAAUAUUCCCAAUUUGAUUGUACUUGGUGCUACUAAUCGAAGAAACAUGAUGGACGAAGCGUUCCUUCGUCGUAUGCAAGCGAAAUGUUUUGUUGGUCGACCAUCACCACAGAUUCGUAAGAAAAUGUUGCGACCACUCUUGUCCAAAGGUUCAAAUUUGUUUACGAAUAAACAAUUGGAUUUUCUCGUCAAAGUAACUACGAACUUUAGUGGCGCGGCUGUCGCCGCACUUCGAUCAAGCAUUAUUGUCGCGUUGGAUGGUAAAAAUUCGAGUUCAUUACCUGACGUCGUAUUACUUGAAUUGGCAGAUAAUGUGGCACGUGAGUUCAGCUGUUGGUUUGGCGUUGGAACAUUGCCAGAAAUAUGUCGCAUGUAUCCGAACUUAUUCAAUUCUCAACUUGAUCAGAAUUAUGAAGCCUAUUCGUUGACAUUAUCUCAACUUUUACCAUCGGGUCGUAUUAUGGUUGAUUUACGAGAACGAAAAUGUCUUAUCGAACUGACAAAUGAACCAACACUCGAAAAAGAACUUCAAGAUAGUGAAACAUCGAUGCUGACACUUAUCGCUCGAUUUGUGCAUGGUUGCUCGACUCGAAAUAUCGACACUAUUCAAAUAAUUGAUCUAAAUUUUCUUACAAAACAAAAUGCUUUCGAUGAUAAUCAAAUAUUUGAACUAUUAACUACUACAUUUCUUGAAUGCAAUGAAUACAAUCGAUCAAUGUUGAUUUUCGACAUCGAUUCCUUGAUUAUGCUUACUGUAUCCGAUUCCGAAAUGUCUAAAUCAGAAUCGAUCUCUAAUAUUCGUUUAUAUCAAUUUAUUCGUGAAAAAUGUAAGACAGCCAUUGUUGAACAAAUUUCUUCAGAUAAGGAUAUUAAGAUGGUUAAAGAAAAAUGGGUUGUCAUCAUUGUUAAACAUCCACUUUUACGACAACUGAUCAUUGACGAUAUCGAAUUCAAGCAGACUUCACAACAACUACAGAAAGAAGAAGAUGAUAAAAAGAAACGAAUUGACGAUGAAACUGAAAAACUCUGUCCUAAAUGUCAUCAGAAUUAUAUUCCAUCGAAGACUAACUAUGGAAAUUGUCGUUAUCAUGAUGGAUUCAUCUACGAUCUCGAAGGGAAUGCUGCACUAAGCAUGGACGAAGCUCAGAGCAAGCUACAAAAAGUAAAACUUCGUCAACAACAUGCAUCGUCUGAACCACCACCACAAUUAAUUUGGGCCUGUUGUCUCGGUGUAUUUGGAGUUGAUGGACCAUGUCGAAUUGGAUUGUGUGGUUUGCCAGAAGAACUCAAAGAAAAAUAUAGUGAUGCUCCCAAUCAAAUGGAAAUUGUUCAAGAACAUUUCAAGAAAAAUCAAGCUGCCUCAGCUAAAAUUAGUAAAUUCUUAGAGACUUUCAAAAAAGCAAAUACUACAAUUUCAAACGCAUCAACACCAACAAGGUCAUCAACAAAUUCAACUGACCGAAUAACGACAGGUCUACCAAUAAAUAAAAAAUGA